UGAGCCAGGGUAAACAGGGGCCAUUUCGUCCUCUUGAAGUUUUUUUUUUUAAUUGAAUACUCACAUUAAAAUUUUUCGACGCUCAUGCUGCUCGUUCGCACAGGUUCCUCUCGUUCCUGUAGCUCAUCUUCCUCGUCUUCGGCUGGUGCCUACGCGAGGGCCCGAGGAUGCACAAGCGCGCUACAAGAUCCCCAGCAUGCAAAGAGCGUCAGAUGCUUCUGGGCGGGGGCGUCUGCAAGCUGCAACAACCCAAGCUACGUGUCUGCCCGCGAUUCCCACGUGUGUUGGCGACGCAGGUUCGAUUUAGAGCAGGAGGAGGUAGCGUUUGCAUAUUCUCAUCUCGACACCACUUCCGCUGGUGCGUCAGGUGGUGCAAGAACAUACCACGGACAUGCUGAGGUUGGAGGUGGAACCACGCCGACCACGGAAGGUUGCCUCGGAGCAAAAGUAUUGCCAGAUCCAGCUCCAGCUGCAAUGCCACCUGAUAAGCCGGUCUUCGACGACUCAAUUGUCGCCGCAAACGGUAACAGCUCCAGCUCCAUGUCAUCCCUUGCCGAUCUGUCGCCCCAUUCGUCCAUUGACGAGAAUCUGAUGGAAAAGGUGAUGCUAACGUGGAACAAUACUGACCCCACCAGCAGCACCCUUGGCGACCCCUGGGUUGUCACCCAACUAGUGACGGACGGGUUCUACACCCUCCACGACUCCCUUGGUCUCUCCUGGCCGGCGACGAUUGUGGCCGGCAGUUUUCUUUUGAGAAUCUCCGUUCUCGCCCUGCAGCUCCGCGCAAGGGGCAACAUGACGAAGGUGCAGAAGCAGGUCGAGGGCGCCGGAGACUUGCAGCGAAAAGCGUCACGGAAGGCCAACGCCGGGGACAGUGAGGGCGCCGCGAGGCUGAUUUCCGAAGCGCAGCGAUUGACCCGGGAGGUGAAGCGGGCGAAGAUCAAGUACGGCAUGUUCGGCGUCACCUGGAUGGGCUCCUACGUCAGUGCCAUGGCCGCGCUCCGCCGCAUGGCGUACGAGCCUUGGAACCACCCGAGUUUCGCAACGGAGCAAGCCUUCUGGUUCCAAGAGAGCCUCGCCUUACCGGAUGGAGUUGUGCUGCCGAGUCUAAUCGCUGCCCUGGCAUUGUCCAUGUUGCGCUGCGUGUACUACCCCCUGCUGGAGCAGAAAGGUAAAUGUAUGAUGACUUUGAGUUUGCGCUUGCUAACCUCAACGACGACGUCGAGGUGUAAUUGUAAAUGCUAAACUGCAUGAGUGACUACUCACUUGACAAAGCAAUCGCGUCAAAGACAACACCACAGCUCGCCAAGGCCCGGUAACAGUUCUCGGCCAGCCAGUGGACCUUCAGUCUUUCCUUCCUCUCCUCCGCCCGUUCGGGGUCACCGUUUGCGGCGUGUACGUUGCUUUUCUCUCUCCGUACUUCAGCGCAGGAAAUACACUGUUCUACCUGUGCAUACUAUCCUACCACGGCCUGCAGCGAAUCUUCGAGCAGUCAGGUUUUGCCAAGACGUAUCUCUUGGGCGAAACAGCGGGGGCCACUGAUAGCGGAGCUGCAAUAGAGAACCGUGGACGGCAGGUACAUUGAUUCAGGAGCUGGUGCACGGACUAUUCAUUCGGUAGUUCUGCUUGUGGCUUAGCAUCUACGUGUGGGUAGUGAGGGUGUGUGCGUGACUCAGACUGAGAUUGACGAAUCAUAAUAUUCCCAGGCAAUUGCGGCUUCCGGUCUUAAGACCCACCGGUCGAGACUGACUGGCGCGCAACCGACGUCUUCGAAUCAAGAAGACACGGAGCAGCAGGUGGAGCAUCCUCCGAUCUCCUCGCCACUGGCUGCCUUUAUGCCUCUUUCCAUGAAUUGGAACAAGCGGGGGCGCUAUCUUCCCGGCGGUAACGCCGGGGCCGACUCCAAGCCCGCGAGCUCCUCGCUGAGUGUGCCACUGGCUCUGCGCUACGACGUGAGGGCCGCCCAUCGCGUGCUAGAGGAGCAGUGUGCGAAACUGCAGCUUCAAGGGGACGCGCUCGAGAAAGAACGGCACCUGUUCAAAACCAGUAGGCUCUGGCAGCAGCUGUUCACGAUGUACCAGAAGACCUGUGAACGGAAAAGCCGCCACAUCAAGACCUUCGCCUUCCACAAAAACCACUACCAGGGCUCGUGCAAAAAAGCGGCACUCUUCCAUUUGCGGCAGCGCAUUCUGGGCUACACGGCGGCCGCGACAUCGCCGGAAACCAUUCCUGCCCUUGUGCGAAGUCGGAAUCGUCCAUUGAUCACAGCGCGGCCCAGGGAGGCGCCACUCUUGCGGGGCGCACAACUGGCCGCCGCUCCAGAGGUGGCUGCACAUGAAAGUGCAAUGGCAGGCGCAGGAUAUUAAUGUUCGCAGAAAAUUAAACUGGACGAUGUAACAUCUUCGCGCCUUUCAAUUGCAAUGACGCCGGUGUCACUUAACAAUACAAAUGCAAGCUGCCAAGUCUGUCAGUGAGCGCGCAUCUACUUUGCAGAUUUUGUCUAGUCUAAAACGGGAAUACGAAGUAGAGCUCCGUUCCUCUACUAUCUCGUCCGUUGUUCA